GAUGCCUCCUGUGCUUUGCUCUUGAGAGAGGGGAAGAGGCAAACAUGGGAGAAGUGGUGCGUUUACUUGUGUGUGCACCCGGUGGAGACGGCUGCGCCGGUGCAGGGUGGCCUGGGAUCGCCUGGCGGGCACCAGAACGUCGCCGAGUACGACCUGAAGGACAUCUCAUACAAGGUGAGGAGCCCCACGUGCCAUGAGCUGACGGUCCUCGGCUCCUCGGACGAGCCCAUGGUGUUUAACUUCGAGGAGGAGCGGGAGGCGCAGAAGUGGUGGACAAUCGUGAGCAGCUCCCUGCGGGAGGUGCAGAAAGCCUCGGAGAGCGCACUGGCGUCCCAGGCCUCAUCCCUGCCCGCGGCUGCCGGGGGUGUCUCUGCAGAUCAGGAUCCGGAGGCAGCUCUGUCCUUGGAGCUUUCCGAGAGAGAGGACCUGGCGCUCCACCUCGCCCAGGCGAUCGAGUAUGGAGACGAGGAGGUGGCCUCGCAGUGUGCCGUGGCCCUGGCUCGCCAGCAAGCCACGCUCAGUAUCCUCUUGAAGGAAUCCAACUAUCCCACAGACGACAUCAGCAUGAAGGUCGGCGUGGAGGAUGCAACGUCUUCUGCAAGCAUCACCAUCAGGGUCCGCGCUCACACUACAAUAGCAACGCUCAAGCAGCAGGUCUUCCAGGAUUAUGGGUUCCACCCCUUGGUUCAGCGCUGGAUCAUCGGGCAGUGCCUGUGCGUGGACGAACGGACCGUUUCCUCCUACGGCAUCCGCAGGGACGGUGACACCGCAUUCCUCUACCUGCUGUCGGCGAAGAUGGCUGAGCUGACCGAGCAGCGCUACGAGGAGGACCAGGCGCAGGUCAUGCUCAGCUCCACCUCCUCGCCGACCGAUGCUGACGGGGAAGGACGCAAAUACAACACUCUGCCCAACAUGUCUCCGAAGAGAGGCUGGGGGAAUGAGGCCGGCAGGAAGAUGGACAUCGGUGAGAUCAGCCAGCACUUGGACAUGCUGCAGAUCGGCGACCUUUUCAGUGCCCAGCCAAAGCCUGCUGCCACGAGUCUGCCCUCGCCAGUGCAGGCGGGCUGGUCGUGUCCAAAAUGCACCUUCAUCAACAAGCCCACGCGGCCGGGCUGCGAGAUGUGCAGCACGGACCGUCCCGACGACUACGUGGUCCCCGGCAGCUACAAGCCGGACGAGACGGAGCUGUGGAGGAUGCAGCAGGAGCAGGAGGGGAUCCUGCAGUACCAGCAGGCGCUGGAGGCCGAGCGGCUGAAGAACUUCCAGCAGCUGCUGCAGAUGGAGGAGGAGGUGCUGGUGCCCAACCGGGAGGUGCUGGAGUGUCGCAUCUGCUACCAGCGCGUCGCCCCGGGAGAGGGUGUGCUGCUGCGCGAGUGUCUGCACAACUUCUGCAGGGAGUGUCUGCGCCAGGUGAUCAACUACAGCGAGGAGCCGGAGGUGGCCUGUCCCUUCCGCGACGACUCCUACGCCUGCGGCAGCCACCUCCAGGAGCGGGAGAUCCGGGCGCUGGUGUCACCGGAGGAGUACCGGCGGUUCCUGGAGAGGAGCCUGGUGCUGGCGGAGCGGCGCAGCCAGAACAGCUUCCACUGCAAGACCACCGACUGCCGGGGCUGGUGCAUCUACGAGGAUUCGGUGAACGAGUUUCGCUGCCCCAUCUGCCAGGCCCUCAACUGCCUGCUCUGCAAGGCCAUCCACGAAGGGAAGAACUGCCGCCAGUACCAGGACGAUCUCCAGGUCCAGGCGCAGAACGACUCGGCUGCCCGGCAGACCAGCGACAUGCUGCAGACCCUGGUGCAGGUCGGGGAGGCCAUGCACUGCCCCACCUGCCUCAUCAUCGUCCAGAAGAAGGACGGCUGCGACUGGAUCCGCUGCACCGUCUGCCAGACGGAGAUCUGCUGGGUGACCAAGGGGCCGCGCUGGGGGCCCGGGGGUCCCGGGGACACCAGUGGCGGAUGUCGCUGCAACGUCAACGGACAGAGGUGCCACCCCCGGUGCCAGAACUGCCACUGA